UUCCCCUUAACCUACACUCCACUCAUCCUCUUCUACGCCAACCCUGAAACCCCAAAUCUCCAAUCCACCGAUCGCUUCAUCGCCCACCUGAAGCGCUCUCUUGCCGAGACUCUGACCGUCUACUACCCUUUCUCCGGCAGGACGGAUUCGGGCAAUUUGCUCAUCGACAGGUUCGGGGAAAGCAUCCCGUUCAUCCAUGUCAAGGUCUUUGUUUUCGCCUGCGGCGGAAUCGCCCUGGGAUGGGCCGCUUCACACAAAUUGAUCGACGGAUUCACAAUGAUAUCUUUCCUCAAGGCCUUCUCCGCCGUCUCCCGCGGCGGCCGGGAGAGGGCGGAGAUCCUCUCCACCGCCCCCGCCCUGUUUCGACUGCAAUCUGAUGGAAACCCUCUGGUUUAUAAAAGGAAACUACGUGACCCGACGAUUCGUUUUCGAUUCCGAGUCGAUUUCGAAGCUGAGAGCCGUAGCAUCGGC